AUGGCCGUGCAUGCCGGCCGCAUCGGCAUCUUUUCGGUGCAGGUCAUGUGUCUGGUCCAUUUGGUGAACCAGUACAUGUUCGAGGUACGCGUUUGCAAAGGCGCGUCGAUGCUGCCGACACUAUCCCCGCAAGGCGACUUGGUCCUGCAUAUGCGCUCCCCAUUCCUCCGUCUGCUUGCAUUGACGCCGCUCGCAAGCUCAGAUCUCAAGGAGCGGUUUUCAACCAAACUCCUGCCCCGAAAAAUGGACAGCAGCGCGGGUACGGGCCUAAGAAUGGGCGAUAUUGUAGUCGCUCUGUCGCCGACCGAUCCAUCGCGCACCGUAUGCAAGCGCAUCCUUGGAAUGCCCGGAGAUACGGUUCUUGUAGACCCCAGGCAAGGACAUACCGAUGACGAUGAUUUGGCUUUUGCCGCGUCUGCCAUCCCCGAACUGCUUCAAGCGCCGUUGGCACGGAUACACAGUGCCAAGAUGGUAACCAUCCCGCCAGGGCAUGUAUGGCUCGCGGGGGACAACCUUGCCAACAGUACCGACAGUCGGCAAUAUGGCCCGGUACCCAUCGCGCUUGUCAAAGGGCGCGUUUUGGCGCAAAUAUACCCCAGGCCCAAGUGGCUCCCCAAUACACUGCAUAUCCUAUAG